UAGUUCAAGGUCUAUCCAUAUCCAUGCAAAUUGAUGCCCAUCAUUGAGUUGAAGAGAUUUCUAGAUCUACAUUGAUACUGCACUGGCCUGAUUGUUUCUCCGGAUCAAGAGACUGUCAUGAAUACUGCUCUGUCUCGUGUGAAUUCUGUAUUUGCCUACAAUCUGACCACUUUGGCAGCGCUGGCUGUUUUGGUCUUCCUCUCGACCAACUUCAAGGACAAAACUUUAGAGACCAAAAUAUCAGUCGCCUCACCAAAAGUGAGGUUCGACAUUGAACGAAUGGCGUCUGGUCCGGAGAGGAAAGACUAUGGCGUCGUUAAACUAGACAUUGAAGCAGAUCUCACUGACUUGUUUGAUUGGAACACUAAGGAGCUGUUUGUCAUGGUGAUAGCCUACUACGAAACCAGUAAAACAGAUAUCAACCAGAUUGUGCUGUGGGAUAAGAUCAUUCAGAGAGGAGAGCCGGCCAAGAUAACACUCAACCAGGCAAAACCAGAGUACCGGUUCUUUGAUGAUGGAAAAGGACUACUGGGGAAUGAGAAUGUGACCCUGCAGCUGAGUUGGAAUGUGAUCCCCCAUGUCGGACGAUUGCCAUUAGUCUAUUCCAAUACCUAUCAAAUCAAAUUUCCAACUAAUUACAUCUCUGGUGCAAUGUGAUUAAAUCAUUAUUUUUUUGCUUUAGAAGAAUUCAUACAUUAUAUUACUUA